CAUCCCACCAUUAGUCCUGCGUCACAACCAUUUCCGCUUCUUCUACAGCAGCACCUGGAGUUGGAUGCCGGUAACGUGAAAUUAACAUGGCUUUUCUGUUACGAAGAAGCCUACUGCGAGCUCCUCGAGUCGCAACGACUUUGAUCCCCGCACCUCGUCGAACCUACGUGAAUGAGGGGCGUCCACAGCUGGAAGAAAGUGAUGCACUUGAAGCUCCUGCAGGGCGUACAGAAUCCUUUGUUCCCUCAGAGUCUCCUGCUACGCCAUCAGUAUCCGAGGGCGACCUAGACGACCAUCACCACUCCGCUAAAGAUGUUCGUACCGCCGACGAUAAACAAGUGACGUGUGUCGGACGUUUACACAUCCCUGUGGAAACUGUAGGUAGAUUUGUGGAAUAUAUUAAAACGGAGCAAGAUCAUCUUGUGAUCAAACAACCCGGACGGAGGGCAUUCACGGUGCUGUAUCACACGCUGCGCGAUGCAUGCCACUGUUCCCAGUGCGUGGAUCAGUCAACCAAGCAGCGCAAUUUCCGGACGACCGACAUUCCAUUCGACAUCAAGCCGCGGUCUAUCCAGAUUGAGCACAAAAACGUGAAAAUAACUUGGGACAAUGACAUCGAAGGACAUCAGGAUCAAGUCUCUCAUUAUGGGUUGGACCAUAUCAAACAUGGUGUCCUCAAGCCUCUCCUGGAGGUGGCCACCAGUAGGAGACGGUGGCGGCUGAUCUGGAACAACAGCAUAAUGAAAGAAAAUGUGCAUUGGGUCGACUACAAUGAUUUCAUGAAAGACAGUGAAGAAUUCGCCGUGGCCUUGCGAAACCUAGCCGAAAUGGGCCUGAUCUUUGUCAAAAACAUCCCGGACUCUCGCGCGGAGGUCGAGAAGAUCGCGACCCGGCUAGGGCCGCUCCGCAACACGUUCUAUGGACCGACAUGGGAUGUGCGCAACAAGCCCAACGCCGAGAACGUCGCCUACACGAACCAGUUCCUCAACUUCCACAUGGACCUGAUGUACAUGAACGAGCCGCCCGGGUUCCAGCUUCUCCACUGCCUCCAGAACUCCUGCGACGGCGGAGAAUCGCUCUUCUCCGAUACCUUCCAUGUGGCCCGGUCGAUGGCGAAUUCCAAGCACGCGUCAUACAUGGCGCUAACGCAGCUGCAUCUGGCCUACGAAUACAACCACGAAAACCAUCUGUACACAAACACCUGGCCGGUGUUCGAGCUGGAUCAUGCUCCGCGGACACCGGGUAUAAAGCGGCGGCUCAUCCGGGUAAACUACUCGCCGCCGUUUCAGUCGCCUAUAACGCACCGCUACGCCGACCGGGACACGUACAUGCCGGGCAUGCAGGCGCUGAAGUACUUCGCGGAGCGUCUCCAGGCCCCGUCGAAUGUCUUCGAGCUGAAGAUGGAGCCCGGCCAAUGCGCCAUCUUCGAGAACCGUCGCGUGGCCCACGCCCGCCGCGGCUUCAACACCAGCCAGGGCGAGCGCUGGCUGGCCGGCGCCUACGUCGACGAGGAUGCCGUGCUCUCCCGCAUCCGCACCGUCUGCCGCCAGAAGGACAGGCGCCAUGUCUGGCAGGACCGCGACUACGGUCACUAUCUCCCCAGAUCCCCGAAUCAAGAAAGCCGAAACAAGAAUCCUGACGUCUGGAAGACGCACGUCUGGAGCGAGGAUUAAGGAGUGCACCGGUUUCUUCCCGUGUGAUAUACAUGUACAUAGCAUCGACAUCUGCAUGGCUACAUGUAGAGUAUAGCGAUUCCCAGAU